CAUGGUUGUGGGGUAUGACCAAACUGAGCUCUGCCAUCAGUCUUUUUCAGCCUGUAAUGCACAAGCUGCAAGCAGCAUGAGAGGUGGAUGUGGCUGUCCAGAGGGAGAGAGGAGGCCAUGGGGGCAACUCCUCUUUCUGAGGAUCAUCUGUGUCUUGCAUUUUAUGACAAAGUUUCUCUCCAAGGGCCUUGAAACAACCCAUUAAGCUUCUUUUAAUUAGGCAAGCCCCUCACCUGGAGUAGAAAAGUGUCUCUCCCAUUUCCCACCCAGGGAAACUGAGGCAUGGAGCAAGGCUGCAGUGUGCCCAGUGGCACACGCAGGGGGUCAGCAGGAGAGCAGCAACUGAAACACAACACUUCCCAUACUUGCUUUGCUGCCGGCAGCCUUGGAAAUCUCGGAGAAUGGCCAGGUGUGGGUGCUGAGCCAGGGGUUAUCGAUAACUUUAUAGUCGCUGCUUGGAUGCUGCUGCCCUUCUCGCCACAGAUAUCUCCUCCUCCUUGAUCUGCUGCCUAAUCUAUAAUCCCAGCUCCCUGCUGCCUUUCCCUUGGACUGCUGUUUCCCCUUCGGUGUGUAAAUCCUUACAGGUUGGGCCAGGGUUAGCGAGUAGAAUCAAACUCUGCCAUCUCUUUAAGGCUUUGGGGUAAUUUUUAUCUCAGGAUAUUGCUACAUGUGUCUUGCAUGAUACUGAAGCUGCAGCAAGCAGAUUUGAAGCAUACCGAAAGACUAAUGCAAAUUAGACCUGCUGCAUAACGGCUUCAGCAACUGUGAAACCUGUGAUCUAAACGCAGGUAUCUGCCACGCUGACUUUAUCUGCGUUAGGAUCCCCUGUUUUGGCAUGCAAAUACUGGAACUGAACAGAAAGUGAGAGAGACAGCAUGGCAAAGAGACAUGAAAGGGAGUCUCUCUCCUAGAUGCUCAGCCCUUUAAGAAAGGAGAAGGUAAACUAGAGUCCUGAGAUUUUAAGCUGGUUGUGCUGAGGCUGAAGAGAGGGCUAUGGUAGCGCUUUCAAGUCCUUCUUCCUCUGGCACGAAUGCUUCUAGCUGGGCAGCAGGGAAAAGGAGGAGGACGGAGGCCUGUGCAGACUGAGCGUGUUUGGCACAGACACAUCUCGGAGGCUGCGGGAGCCGGGAAAGGAUGAAGAUGAGACGCCAUAAGCUCUUUCUGACUCUCUGCAUGGCUGGUCUCUGCCUCAUCUCCUUCUUGCACUUCCUCAAGGCCCUUUCCUAUGUCACCUUCCCCCGGGAGCUGGCUUCGCUUAGUCCCAACCUCGUCUCCAGCUUCUUCUGGAACAAUGCCCCCGUCACACCUCAGGUCAGCCCUGAGCCAGGGGGUGCAGAGUUCCUCCGCACACCCCUGUACUCCCACUCCCCCUUGCUCCAGCCCCUGCCUCCCAGCAGAGCCAGCGAAGAGCUGCACAAAGUCGAGUUCGUGCUGCCGGAAGACACAACAGAAUAUUUUGUCCGUACCAAAGCCGGCGGCGUUUGCUUUAAACCAGGCACCAAGGUGUUGGAGAAGCCACCCGUGGGAGGGCGGCCAGAGGAACGAGCAGAUGGCGCGGCCUCGGGGCGGUCGGCUCGCAAGCCGCUGAGUGCCGGUGGGACAAAGCGGCGCAAGUGGGUGGAGUGCGUGUGCUUGCCGGGCUGGCACGGCCCCAGCUGCGGGGUCCCCACUGUGGUCCAGUACUCCAACCUGCCCACCAAGGACCGCCUCGUGCCACGGGAGAUCCCUCGGCGAGUCAUCAACGCUAUCAACGUCAACCAUGAGUUUGACCUGCUGGACGUCCGCUUCCACGAGCUGGGAGAUGUGGUGGACGCCUUCGUGGUGUGCGAGUCGAACUUCACGGCCUACGGAGAGCCGCGGCCCCUCAAGUUCCGCGAGAUGCUCCUCAACGGCUCCUUCGACUACAUCCGCCACAAGGUGCUCUACGUCUUCCUGGACCACUUCCCCCCCGGCGGCCGCCAGGAUGGCUGGAUUGCUGACGAUUACCUGCGCACCUUUCUCACCCGGGAUGGCGUCUCUCGCCUCCGCAACCUGCGCCCAGAUGACGUCUUCAUCAUCGACGAUGCUGAUGAGAUCCCGGCCCGCGAUGGCGUGCUCUUCCUCAAGCUCUACGACGGCUGGACGGAGCCCUUCGCCUUUCACAUGCGCAAGUCGCUCUACGGAUUCUUCUGGAAGCAACCAGGCACCUUGGAGGUGGUCUCGGGCUGCACCAUGGGGAUGCUCCAGGCCGUCUAUGCUACUGAUGGGAUCCGUCUGCGGCGCCGCGAGUACUACACCAUGCCUGGCUUUCGGCAGUAUGAGAACAGCACGGGACACAUCCUGGUGCAGUGGUCGCUGGGCAGCCCCCUCCACUUUGCUGGCUGGCACUGCUCCUGGUGUUUCACCCCAGAGGGGAUCUACUUCAAACUGGUGUCGGCCCAGAACGGGGACUUUCCCCGCUGGGGUGACUACGAGGAUAAACGAGACCUCAAUUAUAUCCGGGAGCUGAUCCGGACUGGUGGCUGGUUCGAUGGUACUACGCAGGAGUAUCCCCCCGCUGACCCCAAGGAGCAGAUGUACGCUCCCAAGUACCUGCUCAAGAACUACCAGCGGUUCCGCUACUUGUUGGAGAACCCCUACCGAAAAGCGGAGAGCGCUGGGUGAGGCCACUGGGGCUCGCGUGGGAAUGCAGAACUUCACAACAAAGGGAAAGAGUUGGGUGUUUUCGUCUGUUACUUUCUUUUUUUUUUGCUUUCUUUGGUUCCGGGUGGGGUGUGCCAUUUCUCCGAGGUCUCUGCCCUCUCUCCCUUCCUUCUCUUCUUCCCUUCAUCCCAGGGUGACCCUGGGGACACGAAUUCCUCAGUCGUGUGAAGGGCAGGAGGAGGAGAGAUGUUGGGACCUGCUCUGGCAGUAGCAUAAAGACUUUCCCUGCAUCUCCCCGACCUCUCCUGCUGGCUGGAGAGAAUCCCUGCAGCCAGCUGGCAGAUUUUCCUCCGGGGGAGGCUGGGAGGGUCCCAUGGGGAGAGCGGGCAGCUGUUCCUGUCCACCCUCGUCCUUUGUGGAUUGGAGCAAGCACAGAUGCGAGCCUGGGCUAUUCAGCGAGCGUGUGAGUCAGCAGGCACAAACCGAUGCGAGUGGUCACGUGUGCAGAUGUGUGUCACAGGCAUUUUUUUGGAUGAGUGAAUGUGCAAAAGCAUCUCAGUAUGCGUUUAUUUUUUUGUAUACCUCUAUAUUCAAAGAGUAUUUUGGGGAAGGGAAAUCCUUUGCUUCCAAGGUGUUCUCCCCAAGAUGCAGCCUCCUCCUGCAGGCUUAGUGCAUCUGUCCUGGGCUGUGUCUUGGCCUGAUGCUCUACCAGUCCUGGAGCAGGCAGAGGAGAAAGCUGAUUUUUUAUUUUAUUUUUUUUAACUCUUUUUUCAUCCCUGCCCCCGCAACACUGCACUGGCUUGGCCCACAGAAACUGAAGCAUCUUCCCUGCAGUAUGUGCUUCUGUUGGGGCUGGGAUAAGCUGCAGGGGACUUAAUCAGAUGGUGGGAGUGUAUGUUUACAAGUGCAUGGUUUCCUAUGUGCAUGAGUGCUAACAUGCAUGGUUUUGGUAUGCACGUGGGCGUUCGUUACCAGUAUUGGGGGGGAAGGGGACAUAGUUGGGUUUGGGUGUGUGUGCUUUCAGGAAAUGGUGGGAUCCAGAAGCUGUAAUCUCUGUCUCGGCAUGGAUGACUUUUCGGGGAAUUCAUAGGAGAGGGCCAAGGAGAGCGUUGGGUCUGCAUAGCAGUGCUACACACGUGGGACUGUUGUGUGCCUUUCUGGCUGCCUCUGCAACCCUGCGGGCUGUGCCUGUUGCAGGGUACCUGCUUACACGUGCUGGCUAUUCCUUCUUGCCGUGGGGUAAGAGGGAGAGGAGAAGGGCAAAGCUCUGAGUCAGCAAUGGGUUCUGUGGGGAAACACGAAGCUUGUCAAGGCACAGGAUCCAUCUGUCUGCUCUUAGGGCAUGAGGGAGCUCGUGGAGAAACGGGCCAUGGGCAGACUCCCCCUGGGGCCAAGAGACUGUUUUGGGACCGUUACGCAAUCCAGAGAGCGUGUGCAGCCCACACACGCAGCCUGGGCCAUGCAGACAAGACCGUGCAGAGGAGAGGGGAUCUAGGAGGACACUAGUUGCAGCUGGUUGGGCCAGUGUCUGCUCAGAGUUUGCCAGUGAUGCGUAGUCAGGAUCUGGCCUGUCGUUGGAUUGGAUUGAUUCAGCUCGCUGAGGAGGCAGAUCCGUGUCUCCACCCGUACCACCCUUCCUUAGCAGAUGGCUUGACCGGGUGCCUGGAGCCUGGGCUGUAGCGGGCAGAGGGUGAAAAACAUGAUGAGCUUGCUCUGUUAGCCUUGCAGUGGAAAGGCUGCCUCAUGUUCCAGGCAGAGAAGUGAGGAUCAUGUGGAGGAGGAGGAAUAUGUUGGCAUAAGGAAGAGUGACCCUGACAUCAGGCCAGCUGUGCUGAAGCAGGAGGGUUUCCAUUGCUGUUAACUCAGUCCAUCAGGGCUCCAUAUUCCUGUGUUGUCCAGCCCAUUCCCACCCUUGUACCUUUCCUAUCUCUGUAUCUCUCUCAUUUCCCCUCCUAUUUCCCUCUCUAGAGAAGUGAAAAACAUCAACAAAAAUAACUUGAUUGCCUAAUAAGACUGAGACUGGAACAGAAUGAAGAUGAACAUCUUUUUCUGAUCAAAAUGAGACGGAGUUCAUCUUAGCUCCUUCCACAUCUCAUGUGCCGUAAUGCCUGCUUAGAAGAACUGAAAGACCCUCUUAUUUUGGUUGGUUUUGUUUGUUUUUUAAAUCACUGUUCUCACUGCUGCUGUCUUCCCCACAUGUAGAAAAGCCCCUUUGGGAACUGAGUGGAGGGAGAAACUUUGGUAGGCAGACUUGAUGCAGCAGGAGGGAGUCUUGUGUAGAGAGAUUACAGAGAAAUGGGGAUCCAGCUGAGAAAGGAGGACCCUGUGCUGAGGAAGAUGAGAGCAGUAGCACUGAGGCUGCAGCACGAGGGGAACAUGCUUUCCCCAGGGGCAGCCAGAGGAGAGCAGGUGUGUUAGCUUGUGGGAUUCAGUAGCAGAAAAGCAUGGAAGGAAGAAACUAUUUGUCAUUUUCACUCUUGGAAGGGAGCCCGAGGUCUACUCUCAGUCCUUUGGCUUUGCCUUAUCUUAGUGAUAACAACACAAGCCCAGUGCCAGGCCUUGCUGAAGACAGGAGAGAAAGACAAGUCAGCAUUUGCAUGGGUGCUUUGGCAGCACCAGAGCCCCGUGAAGCAGGGGCUAAAGUGCACGUGUGCUGGGGCUGCACCUCAUCUCCUACAGUGGGAGCAGCCUCUCCUCUGAUACCAGCCCUUCCCGUGCAUGGGCGUCCUUGGGGAUUUUUAGUGCACUGCAAGUCACGUUUUCAUCGCUGAGAUAUGGCCCUUGUCUCUUGGGAGUUUCAGAUGAUCCCACAGCUGCAGUAUCUGGAUCUCCUGUUCCUGAAGUACAGCCUGUUGCCUUCUCUCCCCUCUCCUCCAUUAUUUGCUCCAUUAUUCUCCACCUCUCCCUCUGAAUUGCCUUUCCCUUCUGCCCCCUUAGGCAGGAGGAGAAGGUCCUGCUGGAAUAGCAGCGCUGGGACUUUUCCACAGGACUCUGGCCCUGUCCUCCUGGACUUACUCACUUCCUUAUUCUUCGGAAAUUAAAUUUAAAACAGGCUUCUGUUGUGGUGGGAGGAAGGGGCUUUACAGAUGAAAUGCAUUCUUUUUUGUUUCUCAAGAAUCAUUUAAACAUUUUUUGAUUUAAGGCCAAACCAGUCAAUGUUUGUGUCUAAUUUGUCUGGCUAACCCUGUGUUUAUUAUCCUUAGGGAGCUAGAGUUCUUGUCAUUAAAAAUCUUCCUUCUUGUCCCUGGAGGAGACAGGGACUAGCAAGCUGACUUUUGCACAGUGAUUUCCCAAGGAGGUGGCUUGCCCUCUGUCCAGCCUUGCCUGUACUGCUGUGCCAGGACCUCCACAGCCAGCGCACAGCGGGGACAGCCAAACCUCCCAGCCAACCUCUGCAAGAGGGAACCCAAAAGCAUGUGGGUGCAGGGGGUGGUGAGAGAGGCAAAGGAGGAGGCAGGUGUGUAUGAGAUUCUCAUUUCCCAAUGCUGAACUCCUGAAGUGAGCUUUGAGGCUCUUUGAUCUUGUCUGAACCAGAGGUUUGAGAAGGGGAGGACUAAAAAAACCUGUCCUGCCCCUGGGUUGAAACUGGGAUCAGACCACCAGAGCCUGAUGUCUGUUGGUUGUUGCAGCUGUGAGCAGCAAAGCCAUGUGCUUGCUGCCUCUCUGGGAGCGAAGUUGUCUGGUGGAGGGAGGGAAAGCAUCGCCAGACUUUCUCUACAGUCGUCUUCAGCUCUGUGCUUUUUCUUCCCCAAAACCUUUCCACCUUCAAAUUAACGGGUGCAAAGGAGGGCCAGGUAGUACGUGAAGCAGUGUGUGGCAUCCCCAAGCCUUGCUCUUCUCUUUCUCUCUGCCCGUGUCUGUUCUUGCCUUUCUUUGUGCUUCCCACCUAAAAAAGGGAUUGUGUGCCCAUGCAUGGCUUUGGACUGGGGAACUCAUCUUCCUCCUUCACCCCAAGUGAAGGGAAGGAUAUGGGCUUUGGUGGACCCGCAGCAAGUGAGCUUGCUAAAGCAGAGGGAACAGGGCAGGUAGGCCGUCUUUGCCCCGCCGGAGGACUGGGGGUAAUGCAGUACUCAAGUGAGGGACAGAAAAGAUGGGGUGGUUUUGUGCCUGUGUGGUUGGUAAGAAGGACAACACGCUCAAGUCCACUCUCGCUGUUGCUUUCUCUGAUCCCUGUGUCCUGCUGAGGUGUUUGCUGUUGUGGAGCUGAGGCCAGCCUGUUCUUCAUGUCUCUGUGGCAGGUAAACGAGGGGACCUUGUGGCCUCUGGGUAACGUACAAAUUGGGAAGGAGGCAGAGUGUCAGAGCAGAACGGGUAUUUGUUCCCCUCCGCCCCCCUUGGUAUAUCCUUGUGGGAUGGUAGUGGCUUUUCCCCUCCCAAACCAUCCCCCAGGCUCUGUCCCUGUCUCCAAGCUCUUGCCAGGAACGUCUGUGGCUGCUAUGCCUCUGCACUGUGAAGACACAUGUCCGGGGUCACUCCUGGUCCAAUUAGUGAACACUGGUGGUGAAGAGGGAAGGGAUGGCUCAUCCUGGCUUCACUGCCCUCAAACCUUGGCGAGAAAGGAGGGAAGUGAGUGGGAGAAUGGAUCCUGAAUCUCUCCAUUGUUGUGUUCUCCCCACCCCCCAAAAAACCUCCCUUCUGAUUUCUGAGACAUUGGACAAACUUGCUCUUACUAUGGAAAGAGAGGGGGAGCUGGAGGUAAGGGGGGUGGCAGGAGGGGCUCGGAUCCAGCACGAAGAAAGGAGAGCUGUUUCUAAUGCAAUACACUGACAUUUAAAGCUUUGAGGACUACAGAUAAUGGCUUAAGAAGGGAUCUGAAAUACUCUGAAACUAAGAAUUCAAACCACUGUUUUUUUCCUUCCUGUGCGGAUGAUGAUGCAGUAUCAUCCUGGAGGUGGUCCAGCAGCACUUACGAGCCUGGGGUCCACCUGGACCUGCUGGUGGUGUUGCCCCUGGGGUGGCCCCAGAACACCCUGCUUCGGCAAAAGAAUGCGUGGACUUGCCUAAAAUAAAAAAAAAAGAAAAAAUAAAGAGUGUCUGCAAAGCUCCUUUCCACUCUGUAAUUUAUAAACAGCAAGUAAUAAUGAACUUUUGUAAGGAUAAAUCAAAUGUACAUUCUGAAAUCAUUUUCUCUGUAAAUGGUUGGAUUUCAUUUCACCCUUAAAGGGAUGCUUAAAAGGAGGAGAUAAUAAAAAUAAAAAAAAUUUACAAAGUAUGAAAGGAAACCAA